AUGGACGAAAAAGGUUGUGACGAAUUGCGGCUCAGCGGCAAUCAAACCGUUCAAGCAAUCGAGAAUCCCAUCACACCAAAGGCUGCUGCAAACGAUACUAUUUCCAUUCCUAAUGGUGGAACAUGGGCAUGGAUCCAAAUAGUGGGAACAUUUUUCAUCUUCUUGAAUACCUGGUCAGCACUUCUUGCCCAAUUAAUACAUGUCUUCAGGGGAAUACUCAACACAUUUGGCGCAUAUCAGACCUACUACGAGACGGGAGACCUAUUUGUGGCGUCAUCUUCCACUAUCUCAUGGAUAGGCUCGGUGCAAUCCUCUUUGUUGUUAAUAUUAGGGUUAAUCACGGGUCCUCUCUACGACGCAGGUUAUUUCCAUAUUUUGUUGUCCACGGGAUCCUUCCUAGUAAUAUUUGGACACAUGAUGACCAGUCUGUGUCACGAAUAUUAUCAAGUCAUUCUUGCGCAGGGCUUCUGCGUUGGCAUUGGAGUCGGACUUAUCUUCAUUCCUGGUGUUGCCGUUCUGUCCACCUAUUUUGAUACAAGAUUGGCACUUGCAAAUGGGAUCGCGGCUACGGGAGGUGGACUAGGUAUGUGGAUUCCCAUGUUCAAAGUUUCAUUUAUAACAUUAGACUUGUGUCUAGGUGGAGUUCUGUAUCCGAUAAUCUUUCACCGACUCAUUGACCGAAUUGGAUUUGGCUGGACUGUGCGAGCAAUAAGUCUGAUCAUCUUCAUUACACUUCUUAUACCACUAUUGGUAUUUAGAAUCAGAGUUCAACCUUCCAGCAAGCGGAAAAUGUUGGAUCUUUCCGCGUUUAAAGAACCCGCAUACACUUUUUUCGUACUGGGUGGAAUGUUGACAUUCAUAUCGCUCAACAUUCCCUUCUUCUAUAUCCAAUACUUUGCAGUUACCAAGAAGAUUGCUGCCGACGAAGUGGGAUUUUACUUGCUGUCGAUUAUUACAGCAGGGUCAGUCUUUGGCCGAAUAUUCCCCAACCUCUUUGCAAACAAAGUCGGUCCGUUCAACAUCGUUUUUGUAUGCACCAUAAUUUGUGGCGCCUUGAUGUUUGCACUGAUUGAUUUGUCCAAUUUGGCGGGAGUUGUGGUGGUUGCGUUGCUGUACGGUUUCUUUUCCGGGGCAUUUGUCUCGCUGCCACCAACAUGCUUCGUCCGCCUUUCUCCCGAUAGGGGCUUAAUUGGAACCAGAAUGGGAAUGGGGUAUGCGGCCAUGACGGUUGGUAAUCUCAUCGGAACGCCGGUGGCGGGGGCAAUUCUUCAGGAUCACGGAUUCAACGCCAUGUGGAUUUUUGGAGGAGUUAUGUCAGCUGCUGGUGGUUUGACCAUGAUGAUGAGUCGGAAUAUACUUGGUGAAUGGAAACUUUUAGCGAGUAUAUAG